AUGGCGAACAGGCACAACAAAAUGAACCAGAACAAGUUGGAAAUGAGGGAGGGCGUAUUCAACGAAAAGGGAGGCAAGGGCAACACCUGGGACAAGGAACCCAAGGGGUUUAGCGCAGAGGAGUUGCAAAGCUUUUUCACCACAUGGAGAAAAUUCUGUAAAGAAAAAAUAAACGAAGUAGGAGAGAGAAAAAACUUUCUCGUAUUUGACAAGGAGAAGGAUCUGGAUAGCGGAAACACUGAGUACUUUAACUCCUACAACUAUAUCCAUAUACAUGAGGACAUGAUAAAGGAUGAAGUGAGGACAAGGACUUAUUAUGAUGCCAUUAAGAAGAACGAGCAUUUGAUUAAAGACAAAAUAGUGUUAGACGUGGGAUGCGGAACUGGAAUCCUCUCCUUCUUUGCUGCAAUGUCGGGUGCAAAGCAUGUGUACAGUAUCGAAAAGAGUAACAUCAUCUAUACAGCGUUAAAAAUUAGGGACGAAAAUAAUUUAACGGAGAAAAUAACCUUCUUGAAGGGACUGGCUGAGGAAAUCGAGCUACCCGUCGACAAGGUAGACAUAAUAAUAUCAGAAUGGAUGGGUUAUUGCCUCUUGUACGAAAAUAUGCUCGAUACGGUUCUUUACUGUAGAGACAAAUGGCUAAAGGAGGGAGGAUUACUCUUUCCUGAUAAAGCAUACAUGUACAUUGCUGGAAUUGAAGAUAGUUUAUAUAGGGAGGAAAAAUUUGACUUCUGGAGAAAUUGCUACAACUUAAAUUACACUUCAGUGUUGCCAAUAUUGAAGGAAGAAGUUGUUAUAGAUUAUGUAGACAAAAAUUUUAUUGUUACUGAUACAUGCUGUAUACUAAAAUUGGACUUAAACACAUGCACAAAAGACGAUUUAUCCUUUGCAUCCCCCUUUAGAUUAAAAAUGACCAAACGGGAUUAUUUGCAUGCACUGGUCAUAUGGUUUGAUGUUUCAUUUUCUGGAUGCCACACGGAGAUCAGCUUUACCACUGGACCGUACGGAGGGCACACACACUGGAAACAGAUCGUGUUAUAUACGGAUCACGUGCUCACUGUGGAGAAGCACGAGGUACUUCGCGGCAUGUUUGCGCUCAGGAAAAAUGCCAAGAAUAAGAGGCACAUCGAUAUGAAGCUGCACUACGUUUUUGAAGGCGUCCACACGCGCGCGCGCGCCACGCAGUUUUUCAACAUAAGCUGA